AUGAUGCGAGAGAUUUCACCCGAACCCGAACCCGACCCGACCCCACGACCUCCUAUACCAUACACUAUACCGAUACGAGUUGGAGAGUCAGACUUCGCCUUGGGAGCAGAAGUCGAUGUUGCGAUGACAGAUUGUUUUUUUCCGCAGCAGUUACUACAGGGUCCAGGAAGAUAUAUACCUGCGACGGUCUUUUGGGGGUGCGACACAGAGAGUUUUUGUUUUGGGGACACGCUAUUGAGAAAGAAGAUAUUUGAGGAGUUCGGAGGGGAUGAAGUUUGGACGAAAGACUUUCUUGAAAUUGUUAUUAUUCAGUGUGAUAAGAUUCAGUGUGAUGAGACCGACGAAGUUACGAUGUCCAGGCAGUCCAAGAAUGAUUCUAGGUUACGAACGAUGUCAAGGCAGUCCCAGAUUGAUUCCAGAUUACGAACGAUGUCUAGGCAGUCCAAGAAUGAUUCAGGAUUACGAGUACUUGAAACGAGGGGAAACCGAGUACCAGCCGGGCCUUACCUAGUCGACCGAGCGACGAGAAGAGUUUACAGUGUUUUCAAGCUGUAUGAGGACAAGAACAACGCCUUCGUCCGAGGAGCUCUUCCUGUUGCUGGAACCAAGAGAUUUACAUGGUUCAAUCGCGACGAUCGCAUACCGGUGCCGUCCAAGCUAUACAGUCCGCGGCCGAACGAACAAUUUCCACUACGAGGUAUGCGAUUUGGAGUCAAGGAUUCGAUCGAUGUUGCUGGCUUGGAAACAGGAUGUGGGAGCAAGGACUACCAGGAAUUCUAUCCACCGAAGAAAUCAAGUGCUCCUUUUAUCGACCAGUUACUAUCUGCUGGAGCCAUCCUGGUGGGGAAAAUGCGAUGCUGUCAAUGGUGCGAUGGGCAGGAUCCCCUCGAGCGGCUCGAAGAGGUUACGCCGACCAACCCUCGAGGGGAUACCUACCAGAAGCCUUCGUCAUCGAGUUCAGGCUCUGCUACAGGAGCUGCCAGUUAUUCGUGGCUGGACUUCACUAUCGGAACCGACACGGGCGGUUCGAUAAGGCAUCCCGCGGGAGUAAACGGCCUCUUUGGGGUGAGGCCUUCCCACGGGAUUGUCAGAAGUUCAGGCCUAGUGUGCUCCCAAUACUUGGAUACCGCCGGUGUAUUUGCUCGGUCUGCUCAAAUACUCAGAGCUGUGAGCAUGACCAUCAUGAGCAAUCAACAACAAGAAAAACCAACAACAACCAACUGGAAGGCAAGCGACGAAAAGAAUAAGGGGAACACCAAAUUCAAGCUUCUCUACGCGACCCAGUCCACCGACGAUUCGGACCCAUGCGAGACACCAAAGUUCUUUUCGCAAGAGGGAAAAGGUCCAGAAUCGAAUACACCAGCGGGACAACUGAUCGAACAAUUCAUCACAAGUAUUGAGGAGCACCUAGCCUGUAUCCGGCACGAAACUAACAUCUACGAGCUGUGGCGUGACACUCACCCACAGGGCACUCCUGAGAGCCUGACCGAGGCCACCGACACGAUGUACCAAGACAUCGUGUACCACGAACUUUCACACGGGACUGUGGGACCGUUUGUACGAGAUUACCGGGCCGCCAACGAGAACGCGAACAGAAACCAGAACAACCAAAACAACUUGGGCUUCGAUCGAACAACAACUACUACUACUACUACAACUCCGUUCAUUGAACCAAUCACCAAACUCCGCCUAGACUAUGGCAAAAGCGUUUCUGGCACCCGGUACGAGAGAGCAGUUGGAAGACUGAAAGAAUACGGUGCUUGGGUCAACGAAGUACUACUACCUUCACCUUCACCUUCACCGCCCUCCACUUGCGCACCUCCUUCUUCCGAACUCUGCUCCUCGACAUCAAGUACAAACGCCCGCAGUCCCGUCCCUAUAUUGGUAUGCCCACUAACCUGGGGCCGACCGUCCUACCGGGACGAAGUCGCGAGACGUCCAACAAGCACAACCGCAGAAACAACAACAAACCAGCCCGACACCCCGAGCACCAACACCAGCACCACCAUCUUCUGGCCCGGCUUUUCGAUCCACUCGAUCAGCUACAGCUCGGGGUGUCCCGACGUCUCGGUACCCAUCGGGGAAGUGAAGUUCCGGCCUCGGAUCAGCUCAGCGAGCUCGAUGACGAGGGCUUCCACCAACACAGACGAGUCCCGUCUCCCGGUGGCCGUCUCCAUGCUGGCGCCCCGGGGAUGCGACGAGCACUUGCUGCAACUGCUGCACGACUUGGAGACGAAGGGGGUUCUGAGGGAGGUGGAGUGUGGGGAAAGGCUUUGGGCCGAUGGGAGAUGA